GCUGCGGCUAGCCAAGGCUGGGUCUUACCAGAAGGCAAAAUCAUGCCAAACACUGUUUUUGUUGGUGCAAUUGAUGAUAGGACGGAUGAAGCUGAGAUCAGAAGCUGCUUUGGUAGAUACGGUUCAGUGAAAGAAGUGAAGAUAAUCACAAAUCGAAGUGGUGUGUCCAAAGGCUAUGGAUUUGUUUCAUUUGUUGAUGAUGUGGAUGUCCAGAAGAUAGUAGAAUCACAGAUACAUCUCCAGGGUAAAAAGCUGAAGUUGGGCCCUGCACUCAGGAAACAAAAGUUCUGUGCUUGUCAUGUGCAGCCACGUCCUUUGGUAUUUAAUCCUCCUCCUCCACCACAGUUUCAGAACGUCUGGAGGAAUCCAAACACUGAAACUCGCCUGCAGCCCCUAAUCACGCUGAAUCCUGUAACUCAGUACGUUCAGAUGCCACCACAGUGGCCUGUUGGGGAGCAAAGGAGUUAUGCUGUACCUCAGGCACAUCCUACUUACCCAAAUUCAGCAGUUCACAUCAUCACUGGAUAUCAUUUGCCUGUAUAUGAUUAUCAGUCUGCUGCAAAUCCUGAGACUCCCAACUCAACCAUCUGCAGAGAGGCCAGCACCCAGUCUUCAUCAGCUGCGGCUAGCCAAGGCUGGGUUUUACCAGAAGGCAAAAUCAUGCCAAACACUGUUUUUGUUGGUGGAAUUGAUGAUAGGACGGAUGAAACUGAGAUGAGAAGCUGCUUUGGUAGAUACAGUUCUGUGAAGGAAGUGAAGAUAAUCACGAAUCGAAGUGGUGUGUCCAAAGGCUAUGGAUUUGUUUCAUUUGUUGAUGAUGUGGAUGUCCAGAAGAUAGUAGAGUCACAGAUACAUCUCCAGGGUAAAAAGCUGAAGCUGGGCCCUGCAAUCAGGAAACAAAAGUUCUGUGCUUGUCAUGUGCAGCCACGUCCUUUGGUAUUUAAUCCUCCUCCUCCACCACAGUUUCAGAACGUCUGGAGGAAUCCAAACACUGAAACUUGCCUGCAGCCCCUAAUCACGCUGAAUCCUGUAACUCAGUAUGUUCAGGCUUAUUCUACUUAUCCAGAUUCACCAGGUCAGGUCAUCACUCGAUAUCAGUUGCCUUUAUAUAAUAAUCAGAUGCCACCACAGCGGCCUGUUGGGGAGCAAAGGAGUUACGCUGUACCUCAGUCUGCUGCAAAUCCUGAGACUCCCAACUCAACCACCUGCAGAGAGGCCAGCACCCAGUCUUCAUCAGCUGCGGCUAGCCAAGGCUGGGUCUUACCAGAAGGCAAAAUCAUGCCAAACACUGUUUUCGUUGGUGGAAUUGAUGAUAGGACGGAUGAAACUGAGUUUAGAAGCUGCUUUGGUAGAUACGGUUCAGUGAAAGAAGUGAAGAUAAUCACAAAUCGAAGUGGUGUGUCCAAAGGCUAUGGAUUUGUUUCAUUUGUUGAUGAUGUGGAUGUCCAGAAGAUAGUAGAGGCACAGAUACAUCUCCAGGGUAAAAAGCUGAAGCUGGGCCCUGCAAUCAGGAAACAAAAGUUCUGCGCUCGUCUUGUGCAGCCACGUCCUUUGGUAUUAAAUCCUCCUCCUCCACCACAGUUUCAGAACAUCUGGAGGAAUCCGAACACUGAAACUUGCCUGCGGCCCCUAAUCACGCUGAAUCCUAUAACUCAGUACGUUCAGGCUUAUUCUACUUAUCCAGAUUCACCAGGUCAAUUUAUAUCUAUAAAUUCCGUCAUCCCUGGAUAUCAGUUGCCUGUAUAUAAUUAUCAGGCAUAUCGUACUUAUCCAAAUGCACCAGUUCAGGUCAUCACUAGAUAUCAGUUGCCUGUAUAUAAUUAUCAGGCAUAUCGUACUUAUCCAAAUGCACCAGUUCAGGUCAUCACUAGAUAUCAGUUGCCUGUAUAUAAUUAUCAGGCAUAUCGUACUUAUCCAAAUGCACCAGUUCAGGUCAUCACUAGAUAUCAGUUGCCUGUAUAUAAUUAUCAGGCUUAUUCUACUUAUCCAGAUUCACCAGGUCAAUUUACAUCUAUAAAUUCUGUCAUCCCUGGAUAUCAGUUGCCUGUAUAUAAUUAUCAGGCAUAUCGUACUUAUCCAAAUGCACCAGUUCAGGUCAUCACUAGAUAUCAGUUGCCUGUAUAUAAUUAUCAGGCAUAUCGUACUUAUCCAAAUGCACCAGUUCAGGUCAUCACUAGAUAUCAGUUGCCUGUAUAUAAUUAUCAGGCAUAUCGUACUUAUCCAAAUGCACCAGUUCAGGUCAUCACUAGAUAUCAGUUGCCUGUAUAUAAUUAUCAGGCAUAUCGUACUUAUCCAAAUGCACCAGUUCAGGUCAUCACUAGAUAUCAGUUGCCUGUAUAUAAUUAUCAGGCAUAUCGUACUUAUCCAAAUGCACCAGUUCAGGUCAUCACUAGAUAUCAGUUGCCUGUAUAUAAUUAUCAGGCAUAUCGUACUUAUCCAAAUGCACCAGUUCAGGUCAUCACUAGAUAUCAGUUGCCUGUAUAUAAUUAUCAGGCAUAUCGUACUUAUCCAAAUGCACCAGUUCAGGUCAUCACUAGAUAUCAGUUGCCUGUAUAUAAUUAUCAGGCAUAUCGUACUUAUCCAAAUGCACCAGUUCAGGUCAUCACUAGAUAUCAGUUGCCUGUAUAUAAUUAUCAGGCAUUUCCUGCUUAUCCAAAUUCACCAGUUCAGGUCACCACUGGUUAUCAGUUGCCUGUAUAUAAUUAUCAGAUACCACUGCAGUGGCCUGUUGGGGAGCAAAGAAGAAAUCUGUGGACUGAAGCAUACAGAUGGUGGUAUCUUGUCUGUUUAAUCCAGAGAGCAGACUGA